AUGGAAAGUGCGGCUAAACCUACAAAACCUUCAUCAAACAUAUCGGAAAUCGUCUCCCAAUUUGCGAAAGUUUGUAAGUUUAGAUCGAUCGGUGUAUUCUCCUCUGAAAACCCUACUCAUUUUCAGCACCAGGAAUUCUCUAAUGCUGUAAAAGAACUUGUCGAUGGAAUCGGAAAGACAGAUUCCGAUGAUGCAAAAGUUUUUCCUGACCUGGUUGAGGUGUGUAGUAAAAGCAGCUGGUCUGGUCAGGAAGAGAUCUCGAAGCUGUUUGAUAUAAUGUCUGAACUAAAAUUGGCAUAUGUUCAGCUCCAAGAAGCUCAUAUUCCUUAUGAUCCAGACAAAAUUAAAGCUGCUGAUGAACUUGUUUUCUCUAAUCUGGAUGGAUUGUGUAAGGUUAGGCGCUCAUUUAAAGAGAAACAGUUCCAGAAAUCAAACUCCCUUUCAGCUUGUUUGACUGUUCUACAAGCUGAAAAUAAGAUUCAAGAGAAGUCAUUAGAAAGGUUGAAGUCUCAAGCUAAAAAGAAAGAUCUUGAAAUAAGUUAUCUGAAGGGACAACUUUGUGAUUUAGAUGCAAAAAACAAGGUUAUAAUGGAAGAAAUUAACCUUAGAAAAAGGGAAGCCAUAAAUAGAUUAAAUUUCUCCUCUAUUGAUAACAUCGUUACAGAGGUUUCAAAGGGUAUUCACGAUUUUGCAAAGCCAUUAAUCGCUUUGAUGAAAGCUUCAGGAUGGGAUCUUGAUGAAGCUGCAAACUCAAUCCAAGAUUCGGUCUUGUACACUGUAAGAUCUCAUAAGAAAUACGCAUUUGAAGCUUACAUCUCACGAAGAAUGUUUUAUGGAUUUUCUUUGAAAUCCCACAAUCUUGAUGAUGUCUUGAAGUUUAACGACCCUGUUGAUGUUCUUAUAGACGACCCAAAUGGUAAUUUUGCAGAAUUCUGUAGAACAAAAUACAUGUUAAUCGUUCAUCCAAUGAUAGAAGCUUCCUUUUUUGGAAAUUUGGAUCAAAGAAACUUUGUGUCUAGUGGAAGACACCCAAUAACACCAUUUUACCAAUUAUUUGUCAAAAUGGCAAGGUGGGUUUGGCUUUUAAAAGGUAUCGCAGCUUCAGAGCCUGAAAGUGAAAUGUUUAUAGUGAAUCGAGGAAGCAAAUUCUGUGAUGAUUAUAUGGAAAGUAUUGAAGGGUGGAAAGAUGAUAUUGGGUCUGUAGAAGGGCAGUUUGGGAAUUACAAAGUUGAGCUGAUGAUCAUGCCAGGGUUUAGAAUCGGGGAUAGAUUGAUUAAGUCUCGGGUUUAUCUUUCAGAACUCAGCAAUACUAUUACUUGCUAG